CUUAUCUCAGCCCCGCAGUCCUUCGUCCCCGCGGAGCCGGAGGAGCGGAGCCCGAGCAGGAGCGAGCGUGCACCAGUGUGCACAGCACCCGCUGGAGAGCGUGCGCAGGUGAGCGUGCACCGGCGUGCAAGGCGGCUCUCGGGGCGCACGGUGCCCAUCGGCGAGCAUGGGUGGCUGAGCUGAGCCACCGCACACAGCACCACCGCAGCGCCUGGAGGAGCGGGUGCCGUCCCGGGGGGACACAUCAUGGGCAACUGCAUCCCCGUGAGCCCCGAAGUCCUGCGGAACGAAACCUUCGUGGACCUGCUGGACCUCCUGGGCAAUUUCACCAUCAACGAGGACUACCUCACAGACUACACCGCCUCCGAGCCCUGCCACAACACCUACUGCCCCUUCUUCCAGUGCGCAGCCCCCGCUUUCCUGGCCAGCACCUGCGUCGCUGCCGCCCUGGCCACCGGCGUGCUGCUGGUGGCCUUGGCCAAGUGUCCCCACGCGUGGCCGCGCCACCGAGCGCUGGUGGCACAGCUGGUGGCGGCGACCGGGCUCUUCGCCGCGGUGCUGCCGGCGGUGGCGGCGGGCAUCGGGCAGGGCUGGCGGCUGGGAGCGGGGGCUUGCAAGCUCACCCAACUGCUGUGGCACUGCAGCAUCUUUGCUCAGGGGCUGCUGGUGGCCAGCGGGUGCUGCGGCAGCGUCUGGAGCCGCUGGGACCCCCGCAGCCAGCGCCUGGCCACAUCCAUCUGGGUCUGGGCACUGCUGCUGGCCGUGCCGGCCGCCCUCGCCAGCGGCACGGUGGCGGCUCCGGAGGUGAGCUGCAUCCGCCGAAACGUCGAAGUCCUCUCGCCCGCCUACCUGCUGCACCUGGCUUCAUGCCUCUGCAUCUUCCUGCUGCUGCCGGCCGCGCUGCUGGUGGCCACGCUGGUCCGCAGGGGGCAAGGAGCGGGCUGGGGGCUCGGGGCCGGCGCGAGCUGGCUCUUCUUUGUGCUCUGGCUGCCCUACAGCGUGGGGCUGGCCGUGGAUUUCCUCCUGCACGCCGAGCUGCUGCAGCGCACCUGCGACAUCUUCGAGAGGUUUGAUUACGCCCUGGGGCUGUGCGAGGCGCUGGGGGUGCUGCACUGCUGCCUGGGGCCCCCCGUGCUGCUCGCCGCCGGGCUCUGCCGCCGCAAGGUGGGCUCUGCCGGCGGCUUCUGAGCACCCCCGGCACCCCAAAAGCAGCAGCUGGACCCCGGCACUACCCCCAGCUGCCCAUGGGUGAUGUUGGUCCUCCAACACCCAAGGGUGGCAUUGUCCCCCCAGCACCCUCCCCUCCUGACCUGUCCCCACCAGCAGAGCGAAGAGAGCCUCAGCGUGGCCACCAGCUCCAUCACGCUCCUUCUUUGGGGUCACCACCGAGCUCUCAGCACCCCCAGCCACCCCGUUUGGGGGCAGACACCCCGAUUUGCACAACAGCCGUGUCCCUGGGGUGCCCCCAGCCCCCCCAGGAGGGGUCAGCCCCAGCAGAAACGGCAGCGGCAGCGGGGUUUUAUCCCCACGGGCACACCGCCGGGGGAUUAUUGGCUCUCUCCCGACAAACCAAGAUAACCGCCCUGUCUGUGAUCACCCGGCGGAGAUUAUCUGCAAUAAAUGAGUCUGUCAGAGCUGCA